GUGGAUGUGCCACCUUCCUGGAGCCCUUGGCCUCGCUGCCUUUGGCAGGGAAGGGGUGUGUGGGCAGGAUGUGAAGUGCUGAGGAGGAAAUUGCUGGACACAGCCCCGUUGCCAGUGAUCCCGGUCCAACCUCCUGUAUGCUGAGGGGCCCUAUUCCCCAUCUGACCCCCAGACCCAAAGCGGGGUCCAUGGACUGCCCUAGAGUCAGAGGGUUUGGGGCAUUGCCAUGUGGCCUCGAGAUGGAGUCCUCCUCCAUGCCAGGAGGGGGGCAGACAGGGGUCCAUGGGGUCCCUGUGGCAGUGAGGGGAAGGGUCUGAUCUGCUGCAUAGUGCAUGGGCACCCGGGUUCUGGACCUGGUCCUGACCCAGACCCAGCCCAGGGCUACUUUAGUCCCAGCCCCAUACCAGUCCAAGCCACUGUCUUGUACCAGUCCCCAUCUCAGUUCCAUCCCAGUCUCAUACUAGUUCUGGUCCUUGUCCCAGUCCCGGCCUCAGUGCCAGUUCCAGCACCAGUCCCAGCUCAGCCCCAAUCCCGUACCAGUUCUGGUCUCAGGUCCAGCCCAGUCAAACUCCAGUCCCACUGUCAGUCCCAGUCCCAGCCCAGCACCCGCAGAGGGGCAGGAACUCACAUCCGAGCCAUUCUGGUGGAGUUUCCGACAGGAAAACAACAAAGGCGUUGGACAGAGAGGACGGCGGCAGCGCCAUGGACUGCGAGGCCAAGAAAGGGAAGAAGGGCUUCGUGUCGCCCAUCCGGCGCCUGGUGUUCCCCAAGGCUGCACGGAGGGCAGCUCUCCGCAGCAGUGUCUACCGGCGGCCGCUGCACUCAGUGCCGCUGUACCCCCCUGACUACCUGAUCGACCCCCAGAUCCUGCUGCACGACUACGUGGAGAAGGAAGUGAAGUUCUUAGGCCACCUGACCUGGGUUACGGCCUCACUGAACCCCUCCAGCCGGGAUGAGGUGCUGCAGCUUCUGGACACCGCCAGGCAGCUGAAGGAGCUGCCCCUGCAGACAACCCCGGAGCAGGACAGCAUCCUGAGCCUGUCUGCCCGCUGCCUGCUGCUCACCUGGCGUGACGACGAGGAGCUGAUCCUGCGCAUCCCCACACAUGAGAUCGCUGCAGCCUCCUACCUGCGUGACGACGCCCUGCACCUCCUCAUCCUCAAAACAGGUCUGGGAGUGGACCCAGUCCCCGCUGGCUCCCACCCCGAAGCAGCCCCAGUGUCGGAGGUUCCCCCGGUUGAGAAGCGCUCAGGGAGCUCCUGGCCGGAGUCGGGGCGGCUGGGAGGUGCGAUGGAGCGGCGACACACCAUCUGCAGCCUGGACUGGCGUGCGGCGCGGGGCGGGCAGGAGGGGCGGCAGGGCGGCAGCCUGGAGCGGCGGAGGGGCGGCAGCUGGGAGCGGAGGCAGCGCGGGCGGCCGUCGGGCAGCUGGGAGCGGAGGCAGCCGUGCGGCGGCAGCUGGGAGCGGCGGCGGAUCGGUACGGCGGGUGGAAGCUGGGAGCGCGGAACCGGCUUCGGCAGCUGGGAGAGGCGGCAUCCCGGUGGCAACCCGCUGGACCCCCAGGAGCCGUGUCCCGACGCCUAUUCCAACCUCGUCAUCCUCGCUGUGCCCAACAGGGAUGCAGCCGAGGAGUCUUGCGCGCUCAUCUGCCAGGUCUUCCAGAUCAUUUAUGGUGAUCAGAGCAUCGAGUGCGUGGACCGUGCCGGGUACCACUACACCUCCACACCCACUCGGCCCUGGCUCUCCAGCAGGAGUGAGAGCUGCCGCACGGAUGGGACGUAUGGCUACGAUGCUGACUACAGCUGCUGCAGCUCAUUCAGCAAUGGUUCCCACGAGACAUUCGAGGCGUAUUACAGCAGAACAUCCUCGCCCUCCUUCCACCAGUCCCACCACAGCUUGGCCACUGCCUGCAGUGGCAGCGACCAGAGCAGUGUGGGGCUGGAGCAGCUGCAGGACUACAUGGUGACGCUGCGCAACAAGUUGUCACCCCAGGAGAUCCAGCAGUUUGCCCUGAUGCUCCGUGAGUACCGGCUGGGCACACCAGUGCAGGAGUACUGUGCAGAGCUCCUACGCCUCUAUGGGGACCGGAGGAAAUUCCUCCUGCUGGGGAUGAGGCCCUUCAUCCCCGAUCAAGACAUUGGGUACUUUGAGACCUUCCUGGAGAGCAUCGGUAUCCGCGAGGGCGGCAUCCUCACCGACAGCUUCGGCCGCAUCAAGCGCAGCAUGAGCAACACGUCGGCCUCAGCUGUGCGCAGCUACGACAGCUGGUCCCUGCGCUCUGAGUCCGAGUCCUUCAACCGCAUGAUCACCAACAUCACACACGACAUCGAGGCACUGGCACGGGAUGAGGAAGAGGAGGAGGAGGAGGAGGACAACUACCUGUGAGGGAGGCACAGGUCACCAUGGAAGGGACCAGGGCUCUGCUCUUGGCUGGGCUGAUGGCAUUUCAGGGCUGUGUUGGAUCAGAGCAGCCCCCCACCAGCAGUGCUGAGUGCUGUAAUUUUUGUAGCUUGCAAUUAAAUGUGUAAGAUGGGGGUUGAAGCAGGUUCUUCCCCCAUGCAAAGGGCAUGUGUUGGGCAGGGGGUGAGCUGUGGCACAGGGGCAGUUCACGGAUGGGAUACCCACCCACCCACCCCAGUGCUGUGCCAAGCAGGCAUGGGAUGGGGUUCUCAGUGCAAAGUGGGGUCAGCACAGCUGUGCUGGGAUGGGGGGGGCCUGGAUGCACUGCAGUGAUGCACCUGCCUUCCUACAGGAUGGGGAGUGGUGGGGAUGGCUGAUCCUGGGCUGAGCAGCCCCAAGCAGGGGGCAGCACCUGUGCAGGCUGUGAGGGCUGCCCACAGCGAGUUAUUUCCCUAAAAAUGAUGUAUGUAAAUCCUUA